AUGUCAAUGUUUCAACAAAUUCGUUGGACAGGCUAUCGAAAACGUUUAAAAGUAUUACCACCUUGUCCUAAACGAACGAAUUUACGAUCAUUCGAAAUUCCUCAAUCUUUUCAUUUAAAUUCAUUGAAAGAACCUUUCCUAAUUCAUGAUUCUGCUGAUCCUUAUCGUAUUAUUGUUUUUGCAUCAAAAACGUCUUUACGUUAUCUCGGAACGAAGCCAGUAUGUUAUUCAGCAACAGAAAAAAAAGACCUAAAAACAUAUCUUACUUUAUUCCAAUCAUUAAAGGAUGCAGCAAUAGCAUUUGGCAUUAAUAUAGCACCAUCAAGUCAUUUAAUUGAUUUUGAAAUUGCUGCUUCAAAAGCUUCAAAAGAAUUUUUUCAUAAUACAGAUAUUUCUUACUGUCAUUUUCAUUUCGCUCAAGCUAUCUGGAGAAAAAUAAAAAAUCUGAAUAGUGUCAUUCAUGAACACUUAAUUCUCUCUAUUAUGCAUAUGCUAUAUGUUUAUUAUUCAGACUUAAUAAUUGAAGCACAUGAAAAAAAUAUACAAAAGCAUAUUGUAGAUUUAAUUAGUUUACCAAUGGUUCCAACUAAUCUUGUUCGAGAACGGUUCGAAAUUAUAAGUCAAGAAUUAUGUUGGGAAGACUUAUCAUUUAAGCCAUUUAUUUCAUAUUUGCGACGAACUUAUAUUAAUAGUAAACAAUUUCCAAUUGCUUCUUGGAAUCAUUACAAUUAUCUCGGUAUUCGAUCACGUACCAAUAAUCGUCUCGAAGGAAGCCAUCGACAAUUAAAAAAGUAUAUAUAA